AUGCACCUGCAACUGCUUCUCCUGGGCUGUUUGGCAGCUGGCGCUGCUGCUUCUACGGCCUGCGCGCAGGUCAGCAGCAGUGCAGCUGCCGCGUUGGCCACGACGCCUGCUGCGACGCCCACCGUCAACGGCCAACUUGCCUACGACUGCCUGCAGUCCGUCCCCUUGGGCCAGUCGCAGGCCCUCGCCCUGCUGGAGUCCAUCUUCCCCUACGUCGAAUGGCAGACUGAUGUGUCGUACCUCAAAAAUCCCCCGUCGUCCUACCUCGAGCCCGCCGUAGACAUCUGGGCGGAGCUGUCCAAGGUAUACGACAAGGUCAAGAACCACUCCUACGCCGGCGAAUACGACUUCCAGGCCGAUCUGUUCCGCACGUUUAACCUCGCUCACGACGGGCAUUUCCGUUUCUUCCCCGAUCUGCUGACCGAGGCCAUCACCUUCAGCCGCAACGUGGGCCUCGUGUCUGUCAGCCUGGACGGCACCAGUCUUCCCCAGAUCUACGUGCACUCCGACAUCGCCGCCCCCGGCAACUUCACCCCCUCGCCCGUCACGUCGAUUAACGGCCACGAUGCCGUGUCCUUCUUGAACGACUGGGCACAGCUGGGCGCGCUGAACGACCCCGAUGCCAGCUACAACUCCGUCUUCUUCUCCAAGGCCUUUGCAGCCGCCAAUCCGGCCGGCUGGGAGGGCUACUUCGCCGGCAGCGGGCGCUUUGGCUACAUCUGGCCGGGCCCGCAGACGGAGAUCGGCUUCGAGAACGGCACGACGCGCACGUAUCCGACCAUCGCCAGGGUCAUUGGCAAUUUCACCGGCGUCACCGACGGCGAGAGCAUGUACCAGAAGUUCUGCACCGGGAAGAAACCCGCCACGUCGUCUGCGACGACCACGACGACGACCAACACCACCACCAGCCCGGCCCCGGGAUACCCAUCGCCCGUCGUGAUCAGCUCCGACCACGUCGUGUCGGGCUACUUCCUCAAUUCGACGCGCAACUCGGACGUGGCCGUACUGAGCAUGCUGAGCUUCGAGCCCAAGACGCCGGCGGAAUUCCAGGCGGUCGUGCAGACCUUCCUGGCCGACGCCAAAGCGGCGGGCAAGACGAAGCUGGUCGUCGACCUGUCGGCCAACGGCGGCGGCUACAUCCUGCAAGGGUACGACACCUUCCGGCAGCUGUUCCCGCAGAUCGAGCAGGACGGCUUCACGCGGUUCCGGUACACGGAGGCGCUGGCCGUCAUGGCGGAGGUGUAUGCCAGCGCCAUCCCGGCCGACUUUGAUCCCGCCACAGCGUCGGACGAGCUGAUCAACAUGUACGAGUCGGUGCCCAACUACCGGUACGACGUGAACCUGACGGACGGGCAUUUCGCGUCCGUGGCAGACAAGUUCGGCCCGCACGAGUACAACGGCGACAACUUCACGAGCAUCAUCCGCUGGGACCUGAACGACCCGCUGACGACGGUCAACGCGACGUACGGCAUGGGCAUGGAAAUCACCGGCUACGGCAGCCGGCGCAACUUCACGCAGCCGUUCGCGGCCGAAGACAUCAUCCUGCUGUACGACGGCUACUGCGCGUCCACCUGCACACUGUUCUCCGAGUUCCUGCGCAUCCAGGCGGGCGUCAAGAGCAUCGCGCUGGGCGGGCGGCCGGUGCCAGGGCCGAUCCAGGGCAUUGGCGGCGUCAAGGGCGCCAACAACUUCGCCUUCGACUACAUCCAGUGGCUGGCGUCACUGGCACUGGAUACAGCGACGCCAGAGCAACGGCAGGGGGCCAACUUCACGGCGCUGACAGAGCUGAGCCUGCUGCCGGUCAACCGGUCGAUCGACACGUCGAUCAACGUGCGCGACAACAUCCUGCGCGACCACCUGGCGGACGGGCUGCCGGCGCAGUUCGUCUACGAGGCGGCCGACUGUCGGCUGUACUACGAGCCGGCGAUGGUGGUAGACGUGACGGCCAUCUGGGAGGCGGCGGCGGACGCAGCAUGGGGAGACAAGCCGUGCGUGAGCGGGCAGUUGGAACUGAAGAAGCGGACGAUCAGCGAGAAAGCGUCUGUUAAGUCGACACGGGGGUCGAAGCUGAUGAAGACGUUUGAGCCGGUGCAGAGGGAUCGGUUUUGGCAGUAUCGGCAGGGGACGAGGGUGCCGUUCUAA